GUGCCAGGACAGCAUCACUCUGGUGGUCGUCAGAAUGGUGUUAAACACGGUUGCAAUAUGGAUCGCAGCAUUUGCUGUAGUUGCGGCUGACGAAUGUACUUCGUAUGGUAUUUUAUCGGACACACACCGAAGUACCCUGUUCGAGCCGGAAGCUACCGACAAACUCCUAUGCGACAGAGCGUUAUCGACCGGAUGGUACCGAUUCACAAAUGGUGACAUGCCAACUUCCUGUGUGCCGACCUUCCACUGCGGCACACAGGUUCCUAUAUGGUUAAACGGCCAGCUACCAACAGUCCAGGGAACUACCGCCACUCUUCAAGCGUGCUACAAUUUCGGAAAAACCGUUAGUCCCUCUACGUAUGGAGGGUCCGACUGUUGUCACAUAUCUCAACAAGUACAGGUGAAAAAUUGUGGCAGUUUCAACGUGUAUCACCUAUCUAGAACAAGUUCGUGCAAUAUGGCUUACUGUGCUGGUCACGCACGGGUAUGUGCUAUUGGGCAAGCCAACUACGCAUCACCCAACUGCACUGAGCUCUAUCCCAAAAUGGCACAUUCCCCCGUCCUUGGUGAACCCUACGUCGACUCUGGAAAUGGUAUCAAAUGUUAUACCUGUGACUGCAGCGGUCAAGUAAAAUUCCCGUGUCACGUUCCUUACCCCAAGGGAGUACCAGCAUGCAGCGUUUGAGGUCACGUGGACAGUAAACGGUGUUCCAGUCACCUACACUAAUGGCACCCGUGUAAGCCAGAUUCUGACAAACGACGGAAGAGACGCAACGUUGGACGGAAUAUAUAUGAAAGGCCACUUAGACACUGAGUUGAGGUGUGAGGUACGCUCCUUUUAUGACAGUAACUACCGGGGACCUAAGAGCGACACACUGAGAAGUAACGGUUUCUGGGUCGGGAUACGGAAACACAACAAUUCCAUCACGGUAGAUGAGAAAGGAGAUGAACAAGAAAUCACCAUUGAAUCCACUGUUCCUGUCCCAUGCAACAGUCUAUUUAUGAACACUUGUUCUUUCGAAGUUGAAAUGAAAUCCAGCGUAGACCCCAAUGACGUGUCAACAACUGCUUGUAUCUAUCAACUGAAAUGUGAUAAAACUACCCAUAAGUACUCUACUACUAUCAAAGUGGUCGCUACUAGGGAUUUCGUCAAAGACGGAGACCAACAACACGUGCUUGCAUUCAGACCACUAAAUCAAUUCAGUCUGAUGAAUACAAUGUGGCAGGGCUACAAUUUUCCUCCAAUUCAGAUACGAUCCAAGGAUAGAUCUCACGCUAUUUGUCCGGCGUUCAGUGAUCCUCAUAUUACCCAGCUAGACAGUAACAAAACUGUCGGCGUGUACACGGUUGGGAACUUUCUCUACUACAAAAGCAAAAUCAGGCCGUUCCAGGUCGAAAUAACAACUUGGGCCUGUGGAAAACACUGGAAACCCUGUAUCUGUGCAGUAGUUGCUCGUGAGGGAAAUGACGUCAUACAAAUUAAUAUAUGUUCUAAAACUAGUACCCAACUGGCGGCCCCCGAAGUCACAUACCCAUCGGGGCCAUUGACUGGCGGGACGACGGUCGACCCGGACCCUUCUGGCAAAACCUUAAAUAUCAAUUUUCCGUCUGGUGCCAGCCUAAAGGUUUCGGCACAUAUGCAUGUAACUGGUUCAGACAAGACUAGCUACCUGAAUACGUAUCUCAAAUUGCCGACAGACGACUUGGACAACUCCGAGGGACUGUGUGGAACAUUUGACGGCAACCCAGCAAAUGACAUGUUAGGAAGUGAUGGACUUCAACAUCCCGACCAAGCUGAAUUUUCAAAAUCCUGGAUUAUACCACCCGGAUACAGUUUAUUUGAAAACCCUCCUCUACACUCUACCGCCUUCGAUCACAAAAACGUCCAUUACUGCCAGUGUGACAGCAAAACAUCUCAGGGAAUUUGUACAAAAUCUAAAGCGAAAAAUCCUCUAGCACAGAAUACCGGAAAAAAGCCACGUCGCCAUGUGGAAACAUUUCGAUGGGGACAACCACGCGGACACGACGAUUAUCCAAAAGAACCUCAGAUGAUAUGGAAUUUCAAACCAGAAAUCAUCAAGAGGAAGGAAAGAGCCGUGGUCACUCGGAGUGGAAUGACAGAAGCUAUGGCUAGGAAGACGUGUACGGCCGAUAUCGGUGGAUCUUCUUUGUCCACUAGAUGUCACUCCGUUUUGCCAUCGGUGAUGGUACAGAAGUACAUUGACGCAUGCGUAGAAGAUAUGAUGUUUUCAGACAGUGACAUGUUUAACACCGGCUAUAUGAAUGUUUUCGAUUACCAAUGUCAAGACACCGUCCUUCGUGACGUCAGUAAUUAUGCCAUAGGGCCGGAUAGAAGGAGAAUCCCACCAGCUGACGUCACAAAUCACUUGUGUCCAAACCAAUGCAGCAGACGUGGAACUUGUCACGAGGGAUCUUGCACGUGCCAUACGGGAUAUAUUGGUCAUGAUUGUUCAGUCCCAGCAGGUGCUACUCCGGUCAUCAGCCAUUUCCGUGGAGAUGGCCUUUGUGACACCAGAGACAGAAAGUGUAUGAAGGUUCAGGUGAUUGCAGAAAAUCUAAUAGCAGGACCAAACCUCAAGUGUCGAUACAAAAAAGCUGAGAUUGGUGGAAACUCUAUCAGUCCAUACGGACCACACGUUGAAGUCCCAGUAUCCUUCACUAGUUUUCUAGAGGUCGAGUGUAGCCUGCCGGAAAAUCUAGUGCUAAUGAACGAAAACUAUAAGGACGCUUUCUUGGUGUCAGUGACAACUGAUGGCACAUUGUACAGCGCUGAACAUCCCUUCAUUAUAUAUGACGGCACUUGUAUGGCCUGUAAUACAUCUGGACACUGCAAUCUAAAGGACAAUACCUGUAUGAUUGACAGUUUGUGUCGACGUAGUGGGGAACAAAGUUUAGACGGCGGUUACUGUAAUCCACAUUCUGAUCACUACUCCUGGAGCAGGAGUUCAUCGGUCACAGAGAUAAACCACUACACAGCGGCAGGGUCCGGGUGUCAGUGUGGCUAUGACGAGAUGAGCUUUGACUGUGCCUGCUGUACCAAUAACGGCUGUCAGUGUGGACAUGUCAAUCCUCACAUAUGUACUAACUGUACUCAUGUUAACCUGUGUUCAUCCUACCCAAAACUCAUUGUCGAAAAUUAAAGGAAAUCAGAAAGCUUUUACUUGUCAAUUAUUGCCAUGUAUACGUAGACUAUGUACCAUUUAUACGUAGGUUAUGUACCAUUUAUACGUAGACUAUGUACCAUCUAUAUGUAUACUAUGUACCAUAUAUAGGUAGACUAUGUACCAAAUAUAGGUAGACUAUGUACCAUUUAUACGUAGACUAUGUACCAUAUAUAGGUAGACUAUGUACCAAAUAUAGGUAGACUAUGUACCAAAUAUAGGUAGACUAUGUACCAUUUAUACGUAGACUAUGUACCAUAUAUAGGCAGACUAUGUACCAUUUAUACGUAGGUUAUGUACCAUUUAUACGUAGACUAUGUAUCAUUUAUACGUAGACCAUGUACCAUUUAUACGUAGACUAUGUAUCAUUUAUACGUAGACUAUGUAUCAUUUAUACGUAGAUUAUGUAUCAUUUAUACGUAGACAAUGUACCAUUUAUACGUAGACUAUGUACCAUUUAUACGUAGACUAUGUACCAUUUAUAAAAAGACUACGUACCAUUUAUACGUAGACUAUGUAUCAUUUAUACGUAGAUUAUGUAUCAUUUAUACGUAGACAAUGUACCAUUUAUACGUAGACUAUGUACCAUUUAUACGUAGACUAUGUACCAUUUAUAAAAAGACUACGUACCAUUUAUACGUAGACUAUGUACCAUUUAUACGUAGACUAUGUACCAUUUAUACGUAGACUGUCUACCAUUUAUACGUAGACUAUGUACCAAAUAUAGGUAGACUAUGUACCAUUUAUACGUAGACUGCCUACCAUUUAUACGUAGACUGUCUACCAUUUAUACGUAGACUAUGUACCAUUUAUACGUAGACUAUGUACCAUUUAUACGUAGACUAUGUACCAUUUAUACGUAGACUAUGUACCAUUUAUACGUAGACUAUGUACCAUUUAUACGUAGACUAUGUAUCAUUUAUACGUAGACUGUCUACCAUUUAUACGUAGACUGUGUAUCAUUUAUACGUAGACUGUCUACCAUUUAUACGUAGACUAUGUACCAUUUAUACGUAGACUAUGUACCAUUUAUACGUAGACUAUGUACCAUUUAUACGUAGACUGUGUACCAUUUAUACGUAGACUGUGUAUCAUUUAUACGUAGACUGUCUACCAUUUAUACGUAGACUGUCUACCAUUUAUACGUAGACUAUUUACCAUUUAUACGUAGACUAUGUACCAUUUAUACGUAGACUAUGUACCAUUUAUACGUAGACUGUCUACCAUUUAUAUGUAGACUAUGUAUCAUUUAUACGUAGACUAUGUAUCAUUUAUACGUAGACUGUCUACCAUUUAUACGUAGACUAUGUACCAUUUAUACGUAGACUAUGUACCAUUUAUACGUAGACUGUCUACCAUUUAUAUGUAGACUAUGUACCAUUUAUACGUAGACUGUCUACCAUUUAUACGUAGACUAUGUAUCAUUUAUACGUAGACUGUCUACCAUUUAUACGUAGACUAUGUACCAUUUAUACGUAGACUAUGUACCAUUUAUACGUAGACUGUCUACCAUUUAUAUGUAGACUAUGUACCAUUUAUACGUAGACUAUAUACCAUUUAUACAUAGACUAUGUACCAUUUAUACGUAGACUAUCACACCAGAAAUGGAUGUUUUUAGAAUUCCAGUAAUGACUUUAAAGUGACACUAUAUCGAUUCAAAUGUUUACGUUAAAA